AUGGCCCCCAAGAAGACUGCCCCCAAGACUGAGGAGAACGUCACCCUCGGCCCCGCCACCCGCGAGGGCGAGCUGGUGUUCGGCGUGGCCCACAUCUUUGCUAGCUUCAACGACACCUUUGUGCACAUCACUGAUCUGUCCGGGAAGGAGACGCUGGUGCGCGUGACUGGUGGCAUGAAGGUGAAGGCCGACCGCGACGAGUCCUCGCCCUACGCUGCUAUGUUGGCGGCCCAGGACGUGGCCGCGCGCUGCAAGGAGCUGGGCAUCAACGCCCUGCACAUCAAGCUGCGCGCCACGGGCGGCAACAAGACCAAGACGCCCGGCCCCGGCGCGCAGAGCGCGCUGCGCGCGCUGGCGCGCGCUGGCAUGAAGAUCGGCCGCAUUGAGGACGUGACCCCCAUCCCCACCGACUCCACCCGCCGGAAGGGCGGUCGCCGCGGUCGCCGCCUGUAG